AUGAACGAGAUUUUUCGGGGAUCCGGGCCCGGGCCGCGGGAUCCGUGAGAUUUUUGGUCUCGGAAAGAAUUCAGAAAGAUGAGCAACAGGUCCAGGAAGGCUUCUGAUCCGGAAAAACCCGGAAAAAAAUCCCAAGAAAAAAAGACCCGAAACCAUGAACGAGAGAUUUUUUUCGGGGAUCCGGGCCCGGGCCGCGGGAUCCGUGAGAUUUUUGGUCUUGGAAAGAAUUCAGAAAGAUGAGGGACAGGUCCAGGAAGGCUUCUGAUCCGGAAAAACCCGGAAAAAAAUCCCAAGAAAAAAAGACCCGAAACCAUGAACGAGAUAUUUUUCGGGGAUCCGGGCCCGGGCCGCGGGAUCCGUGAGAUUUUGGUCUCGGAAAGAAUUCAGAAAGAUGAGCAACAGGUCCAGGAAGGCUUCUGAUCCGGAAAAACCCGGAAAAAAAUCCCAAGAAAAAGACCCGAAACCAUGAACGAGAGAUUUUUUUCGGGGAUCCGGGCCCGGGCCGCGGGAUCCGUGAGAUUUUGGUCUUGGAAAGAAUUCAGAAAGAUGAGGGACAGGUCCAGGAAGGCUUCUGA